AUGGAGUUGAUUUGUGUGUUGGUUAUGUUAAUCAUGUGGGCGAUUAGGGGUACGAUUAUGGUUUUUUUUGGAAAAGUGGUGGUUUCAUGGUGGAUUUUGCCAAUUUUGGCUCAUAAAAAUUUGAAGAGAAAUGGAUUUGAAGGUCCCUCUCCUACUUUCCCUCUUGGAAACAUUACAGAGAUGAAGAAGAUAAUCAAAGCUGCUGCAGCCAUUAAUGGCGGAUCAUCCCUUGCUUCUUCAAAUAAUCUCUCCCAUGAUAUUCAUUCAACUAUCUUCCCUCACUUUGCUCAAUGGCAGAAUUCUUAUGGGAAGAAGUUUGUGUAUUGGUUGGGGACAGAGCCAUUUUUGUACAUAGCAGAUCCACAGCUUGUGAAGAAGAUAUCUGAAGCUGUGAUGGGGAAGAGUUGGGGGAAGCCAGCUGUCUUCAGAAACGACCGAGAACCGAUGUUCGGCGAUGGCCUCGUCAUGACCGAAGGCGAUGAUUGGAUCCGCCAUCGCCAUAUCCUCACUCCCGCCUUCAACCCCACCAAUUUGAAGGCAAUGACAAAGUUCAUGUUGGAGUCCACCACGAAAAUGGUAAAAGAGUGGAGAAGCCUCGUAAACUCCGGGCAAUCGGAAAUAGACGUGGAGAGAGAAAUCACAGCAACCGCCGGCGACAUAAUCGCAAAAGCAAGCUUCGGAAUUUCAAGUGGCGGCGGCGGCGAAGAGGCGUUGAACAGCCUGAGAGCUCUUCAAUUGACUCUGUUCUCGAACAGCAGCUACGUGGGUGUCCCAUUCAGCAGUCUGUUUCUGUACCCGGGCCGAACCCUAGCCGCCAAGAGACUCGGUGCUCAAAUCGACCGCCUUUUCUUUUCCAUCAUAUCUCACAGGAAACUCAUCUCCUCCGGUUCUGAUUCCGAUUCCGAUUUGCUUAGCCGCUUGAUUCAGAGUCAAAGUAACAAGUACAAGGGCGGCGCCGCUCUGACGCCGAGAGAAGUGGUGGACGAGUGUAAGACUUUCUUCUUCGGAGGACAUGAGACGACGGCGCUCGCCAUCAGCUGGACGUUGCUGCUGCUGGCGACGCGACCGGAAUGGCAAAAGAUUUUAAGAGAGGAGAUUAAAGAAGUGAUCGGAGAUAAAGAUAUUGAUUUCUCCAUGCUUUCUGCUCUCAAAAAGAUGGGAUGGGUGUGGAAUGAGGUACUUAGGCUAUACCCCUCAGCCCCAAACAUACAAAGACAAGCAAAAGGAGACAUUGAUUUAGGGGACAUGAAAAUCCCAAAAGGGACCAACAUAUGGAUAGACAUCGUCGCGAUGCAUCACGACCCGACCCUAUGGGGCGACGACGUUAACGAGUUCAAACCCGAGAGGUUCCAACACGACACCAUUCAUGGCGGGUGCAACCACAAGAUGGGAUAUUUGCCAUUUGGUUUUGGAGGGAGAAUGUGCAUUGGUAGAAACUUAUCUUCUACGGAGUAUAAGAUUGUCCUAACACUAAUUCUUUCUACCUUUUCACUCUCUCUUUCUCCUUCUUAUUCUCAUUCUCCUGCUAUUCUACUCUCUCUAAGACCCACCCAUGGCAUUCCUCUCAUUCUUACCCCUCUUCACCCUUAACUUUUUUCACGUCUCACCUAUAUUUCUAUUAUUUAGUUCAACGUAACAUUUGGAGGUCAGAGGAUUCCAACUUCU